GCCAUGCUGGCUGGCCAUGAGUGAUGCUUGGUUGCUUCUCUGCUAUAGAACGAGGGAUUUGAUGAAUUUCGGAGCUUGCAUCUCCUUGUUUCCUGUUUCAAAAAUGAUUCAGGUGAUUGCCUCAGAAGCAACGGACUAAAGGAGCAGAGUCCCCUGAAGUCUUCUACAAUCCAGACUCUGGCUGUUGACAGUGACCGUUUGUCUCCAUGCAGCAUCAACAAGCACAUUUCCUACUGGUUGGGGAAGGAAACUUUUCCUUCUCGGUCCAUUUGUACAAAGAAAGAGGCUGUGAUACUCAUAUUAUUGCAACCUGCUAUGGUAGUGAAGAGUCUGUAUCUGAACAAGCUUUCACUAAAUCCAAUGUACAAUUUCUGAGAGACAAAGGUGCUGAAAUCUACUUUUCCGUCAACUGCACAAAACUGAAGGAAUACUUCUUGCCAGCUAUGAGGAAUUUUGACCGUAUUUAUUUUAAUUUCCCCCAUUGUGGAAAAAAGGCUGGAAUAAAAGAGAACAGGGAACUUCUUGCUAAGUUUUUCUGCAGCUGUGCAGAUGUUUUGGCAGAGAAAGGAGACAUCCAUGUGGCACUUUGCAGAGGACAAGGAGGAACCCUUGCAGACCAGCCAGUGCGUGAGUGGCACAACAGCUGGCAAGUUGUGGCGAUGGCAGCAGAAGCAGGAUUUAUCUUGAGUGGCAUUGAGCCAUUUAAUAUCAAAGACAUUGGUGGAUAUAAAUGUACCGGCUACAGGAAUCAGGAUAAAUCUUUCCACAUGGAAGGCGCUGUGAAUCACAUAUUCACCCGGAGUGUGCCAUUUCUGCAUUCUCAACCUUUGAUUUGCAAAGCGGAGCUGGAAGGCAAACUCACGUCCUGCGAAAUUCCACAGAUAUUCCUAGAUAAGAUAAAGAGGAACUACUUAGAUAUUAAUUCAAAGCAUCCUGUGAGAACUAUAAAUGAAAAACUAAUUGACGACCUCGGCAGAUCCUUCACAGUUCAGAAGGCGAAUUCUUCAUUUCCCUUGGUAUUCAAAGACCGUUCUGCUUCUCCUUCAUCAGAUGCCUUUUGGAUGGUUCCUGUUGCCAAAAAUUACCCCAAAAUUAAAUCUGUGGCCUCUAAAAGUGACACAGGAACUGAUGAGGAUGAUGAUUUGAGUUGGACCUUGGGACAAUAUUACCUUCGACCUUCCCUGUUGAUUUUUCUCCAUUCUAUUAUAAAGCAGAGAGACUUUUCUCCUCAGACUUUGUUGGCCCUCAGUGGACUGGCUUUUAGAAAAUGUAAAAUUUCUGUUCACGAUCCUCCUAUUUUUCACGAGGCCAUCUUCGUCUGCGCAGUUAAGAAAGAUGUAGAAGAUGCAGAGCUCCUGACUGAAAGUCUCAUAGAUACAUUAAACUCUUUACUCCGAUCAUCGGAUGUUAAGUUGGACUCUCUGAACCAAGAGCCAGAAAACAGUCAACAGAAUACCUUUUUAUCUUCUUCAGAACCAUUUUUACACAACCCAAAAUACGCUGUGACCGUAAGCUGCCAGGGUUUUGAUUCUGGCCCAAAGGAGUUUCAUGUCGGGACAAUAAGUACCAUUCCGUGGCAACUUUCAAGCCUUAAUCAAAACAUUGUUUGCAUUUCUUUGAACCUUGAUCUUCUGGCGAUGUGCGUAUGUGGCAUUUCUGACUGGCGGAUGCUCUGGACUUCAGACGAGCGUUUUGCAACCCAGUUUUUGGGGGGCCAUUUAGGCAUUUUCCAGAACUUUUCCCUCUACCCACCAACCUACGUGCACGACAUCAGCUUCUGGGUUCCAGAUGCAGAAACAUUCCAUGAAAUCCAGUUUCAUAUCAUUGCCAGGCGUGUGUCUCUGGACACAGUUGUGUCUAUCCAGCUGCUUGACCGUUUUCGGCACCCGGGGGCGACACACACCAGCCUCUGCUACAGGCUCACUUACCAGUCUUGCGACAAAGCGCUCGGUCGCCCCCAGGCGGCUGCCAUGCAGACGGAGCUUAGGGAAGAACUGCAGCGGUGCCUCCGGGUGGUUGUUAGGCUUUGCUUUUCUCUUAGGUCCUCGGGAACCAAAGCAGGUCACGUCUGGGCUCCUGAAGGAUCAACGGCUUUCAAGUGUCUAAUCUCAGCCAGGUUCUGCGCAGCUCUGCUAAGUAAUAUCUCCGACUGCGAUGAGACCUUUAACUACUGGGAACCUAUGCACUACCUCGUCUAUGGCAAAGGAUUCCAGACGUGGGAAUAUUCGCCUGUUUAUGCCAUUCGCUCCUAUGCGUACCUGUGGCUCCAUGCUCUGCCAGCCCUGUUCCAUGCUAGAGUUCUCCAAACAAACAAGGUCCUCAUCUUCUACUUCCUGCGCUGCCUUUUGGCCUUCCUGAGUUGUGUUUGCGAGCUUUAUUUUUAUAAGGCUGUGUGCAAGAAAUUUGGGCUUCACGUGAGCAGACUUAUGCUGGCUUUCCUGAUACUUAGUACCGGGAUGUUCUGUUCAGCCCCAGCCUUCCUUCCCAGCAGCUUCUGCAUGUAUUGUACCAUCGUAGCAAUGACAGGCUGGUACAUGGACCGAACCUCGUUGGCGGUCCUGGGCGUGGCCGCGGGAGCCAUUGUGGGCUGGCCGUUCAGUGCAGCCCUUGGCCUCCCAAUUGCCUUCGACUUGCUGGUCCUGAAAAGACGGUGGAAGAGCUUCCUGCAAUGGUCUUUGGUGUCUCUACUGGUGUUUCUGGUGCCCAUGGUGGCCAUCGAUAGCUACCACUACGGGAAGCUGGUGGUAGCCCCUCUGAACAUCAUCUUGUACAACGUCUUCACCCCACAUGGGCCAGACCUUUACGGCACAGAGCCCUGGUCCUUCUACUUCAUCAAUGGCUUCCUGAACUUCAACGUGGCCUUCAUCCUGGCCUUGCUGGCCUUGCCGUUAACCUGCCUGAUGGAGAGCCUCCUGCAGAAGUUUCGUGUCCAAAACCUCGGCCGCCCGUACUGGCUGACGCUUUCUCCCAUGUACGUCUGGAUCCUGAUUUUCUUCAGCCAGCCCCACAAAGAGGAGAGGUUUCUGUAUCCCAUCUACCCCCUAAUUUGUCUCUGUGGAGCAGUGGGGCUCUCAGCCCUCCAGAAAUGCUACCACUUUAUCUUCCAACGGUAUCGCCUGGAGCAUUACACCGUCUCCUCCAACUGGCUGGCGCUGGGCACGGUCCUGGUCUUCGGCCUGCUCUCCUUCUCCCGUUCGGUGGCUUUAUUCAGAGGUUACCACGGGCCUCUGGACCUUUAUCCAGAGUUCCACAGAAUUGCCACAGACCCCACAAUCCACACCGUGCCCGAAGGCAGGCCGGUCCACGUCUGUGUCGGGAAGGAGUGGUACCGGUUUCCCAGCAGCUUCGUCCUCCCAGAGAACUGGCAGCUUCAAUUCAUCGCCUCCGAAUUCCGGGGCCAGUUGCCCAAGCCGUUUGCCAAGGGCCCGGGGGCCACCCGCCUCAUUCCCACGGACAUGAAUGAUCGAAACAAAGAGGAACCUUCCAGAUACUUUGACCUUUCCAAAUGCCACUACCUGGUGGAUCUCGACAGCCCCGACGAGGCUCCCCGGGAGCCCAGGUAUGCGGCUAACAAGGAGGAGUGGAUCACAAUCGCUUACAAGCCUUUCCUGGAUAGUUUAAGGUCCUCCCAGUUGUUCCGGGCUUUCUACAUUCCUUUCCUCUCCGACCAACAGACGAAGUAUAUGAACUACACCAUCCUAAAGCCUCGGCGGGCAAAACUCGCCCGGAAAAAAUCUGGGACCUAAAGGCUGAAGAAGAUUCGAAGCCAGAGAGUCCAGCUUCCUCUUCGGGUUUCAGGAUCCUCUCCCCAGUUUUGCAAGUCUGGCCUGAGAGAGCCUGGAAGGAAGGAGAAAAGAAGAAAAGAAAAUCCUGCUGUGUUUGUGACGGUUUCCCAUUUUUCGAGUGGCUGUUUGGCAAGACACGGAGGAGAUCUGAUGCUUCCUUUUCAGAAACACCCCCAGGAAAAUAUUAACAAGGUGCUCUUAAUCUGGUUAAGGAAGCCCAAGGAGCAGGCUGGAUUCCUGGCUGCAGAGCGGGGCUGAGCUGGGUAGGGCUGCGACCAUUUCCAAAGAUCCCACAUCCUCGGCUUCCCCCCCCCCCACCUGCCCCGGAGCAAAUGCCUUUAUCUGAUGUUUGGAGAGGCCUUGCGAGGUCACAGCGAAAUGUCUACGAGGAAGAACAAGGCUCCCGAUGUCUCUUUGAUUGUGGGGAGAGGGAAGGGGGUCUUCGCCUCAGUCUGAGCCGAAAUAAUUUGCACUUUCGGAAAUUGUGCUGUUCAACUAAAUGUCACUUGUGCGA